CCUCUGCCGGCGACACGAGGCACGAGGCGCGAGGCGCUGCGAGGCGUCGGCAGUGACCGGCAGGCUGAGUUGGUUGGUUGGUUGGUUGAUGUCCGUGAUCGGCUCGUAUAGUCUUAUGGCACUACAGCGUACCGGAGUAAUCGAAAUACGUUGGAAACGCAGUAGGCGCGUGAGAACAUUGAAAAUAGAAAAGAGAGUAAACGAGAGCAUAAAGCAUUCAGGGUGAUUCAAGGUGUCAUCCUACGUAUUGAUGGUUCCUCUAAACCGCAUAUCGCACCACUCCCUCUCCCAUUAUUUGAUUGUGCUCUCGCCAUUGCUCGCAAUUGCUCGCUGCGUUUCUCCUCAAUCCGCCGCGAUUGACAUUUUGACAAGGGUCCACUCUCUUUUCCAUGUCAACAACACGCGCGUUUCUGCCAAGGCCAGCAGCGAGUUACACUCCUCACGUCGUCGCUGUCAUCCUCGAGAAAUUGUUGUUAUCGUACACGUCGCAUUCGCGCCACUGGAGGAUCUCGACAAGGAUCACCGCCGACGGCAUCGAGUGUCGGGACUGUCGGGUGUCGCGAAGGAGAGGGACGUCGUGCGAUCAGGUCGACGACAUUGCUCCUACCAACCUGAGAUGAGCGACCAUGGCUGCAUACAUUUAAAUAAUUUUAAAGCAGCAAAAGGUAUCCAACCGUAUAAAGUGAUACACUCGUUUUUCGUGACCAGUACAUCGACCGAGGCACGCGUCAGAAAGGUAUAGUCUUUUUCUU